GUGGUCGAGCCAGCCUGGGGUGCAGUUAUUCUGAGCACUCCAUCACAUGGUCCCAGAAGCAUCUUAAUAAACUCUGACCAGCAACACAGCUGACGGCGUCGCCUCAAAAUAAAACAGCUACUCCGGAUUUCCACACAGCAAGAAAGUGUCUCAUUCACCUGAGGAGAUAAGAACUUUGGUACCCAGCAAAAAUGUCUGACAAAACCCCCUUUGAAACGGAUAUGCUGACGCUCACACGAUUCGUUAUGGAGAAGGGACGCCGCGUGAAAGGAGCGACAGGGGAGCUGACACAGCUGCUCAACUCCAUGCUGACUGCCAUAAAGGCCAUUUCCUCUGCAGUCAGAAAGGCAGGCCUUGCCCACAUGUUUGGUAUAGCUGGCACUGUGAACGUGACUGGUGACGAAGUGAAGAAGCUGGAUGUAUUAUCUAACUCUCUGGUGAUUAAUAUGCUCCAGUCCUCCUACAGCACCUGUGUCCUGGUCACGGAGGAGAACAAGGAGGCCAUCGUCACCCCGAAAGACAAGAGGGGUAAAUAUGUGGUGUGCUUUGACCCCCUUGAUGGCUCAUCCAAUAUAGACUGCUUGGCACCAAUAGGAACAAUAUUUGCUAUCUACAAAAAGGAAACAGAUGACGAGCCCUCUGAAAAAGAUGCUUUGCAGCCUGGACGCAAUAUUGUUGCUGCAGGGUAUGCCUUGUACGGCAGUGCCACGCUGGUCGCCCUCUCUACCGGGCAAGGGGUGGACUGCUUCAUGCUUGAUCCGGGUCUCGGUGAAUUUAUUUUGGUGGACAGAGAUGUUAAAAUAAAGAAGAAGGGGAAGGUAUACAGUCUCAAUGAAGGUUAUGCAAAAUAUUUUGAUCCUGCAAUGACAGAAUACUUACAAAAGAAGAAAUUCCCUGAGGAUGGCAGUUCUCCAUAUGGUGCCAGAUAUGUGGGCUCCAUGGUAGCUGAUGUUCACCGUACAUUGAUGUAUGGUGGGAUCUUCAUGUACCCUGCUAAUCAGAAGAGUCCUAAAGGAAAGCUUCGACUGCUCUAUGAGUGCAACCCUAUGGCUUUCAUCAUUGAGCAGGCAGGUGGGAUGGCAACCACAGGGACUGGGGCAGUGUUGGAUGUGAAACCUGAGAGUAUUCACCAAAGAGUCCCUCUUAUCCUCGGUUCUCCAGAUGAUGUGCAAGAAUAUCUCGCUUGUGUACAGAAACACCAGAAGAGCAGCUAAAGGCUUUUCCACAUCAGACCUUGCUCAUCCAUCUCCAGUCUACAGAAAAAGGCAUGCCUUUCAAGAUGAUGGAUUCUCUCAACAAAAAUCACACAUUACAAGAACAAGAAAAAUAGUGAGAACUGCUGAUGGGAAAAAACCCCAAAAAUUUAAUUUCUCCUUUCAGACAAAUGUAAAAAUCCUUUAACUCUGAUUUAUGCAGUGAGAAUGUAGAGCCUGAUUAUUAAACAGAGGCAACUUACUUUAUAUAAUAUUAACAAAAGGAAGUGGAUUGUGUCAGUACCCCCAUUUGAUCUGAAGCUUUACAUCUGACAUUACCUGAUUGGCAUUGUUUGAGACAGUUUUUUCACAUCAACAUUUGCAAUAACAUUAUCUGGAUUUUCUGUUAGAGGUUUUGUUGCAAGUGCUUUUUAUCUUGACAGCCCUGAGAAGACAACAAGUCUCGAGCUGUCUGAAACAGUGUUUUUAAUCUCCAAAUUAUAAAUGGCUUGGGUAAAUAAUAAAGAUGAAAAGGCUGCAAUAUUGCCAGGGUAUUUCAGUUUUCAUAAGAACAAGAAAAUGCCUUGUGUUAUUUACAGACAGGUAACCAUCAACAGCACAAAUUACAAUAAACCAUUGC